AUGACCAAGAUGCCUGAACCGCGAGAUCAGCCGAUGGAGGAGGAGGGAGAGGUUGAGACUUUUGCCUUCCAGGCGGAGAUCGCUCAGCUCAUGUCCCUCAUCAUCAACACCUUCUACUCAAACAAAGAAAUCUUCCUCAGAGAGCUCAUCUCCAACUCUUCAGAUGCUCUGGACAAAAUCCGUUAUGAAAGCCUCACAGACCCAACCAAACUGGACACCUGUAAAGACCUGAGAAUUGAAAUAAUUCCUAACAAAGAGGAACGCACACUAACUCUAAAAGACACGGGCAUCGGCAUGACCAAAGCUGACCUGAUCAACAACCUGGGAACCAUUGCCAAGUCGGGCACCAAGGCCUUCAUGGAGGCGCUGCAGGCUGGAGCAGACAUCUCUAUGAUCGGACAGUUUGGCGUGGGUUUCUACUCCGCCUACCUGGUGGCAGAGAGGGUCACGGUCAUCAGCAAGCACAACGAUGAUGAGCAGUACGCAUGGGAGUCGUCUGCUGGAGGGUCCUUCACUGUCAAGACCGAUGACUUUGAACCGAUUGGACGUGGCACUAAGGUGAUCCUCCACCUGAAAGAAGACCAGAUGGAAUACAUAGAGGAAAAACGAAUCAAGGAGAUUGUCAAGAAGCAUUCGCAGUUCAUUGGAUAUCCCAUCACCCUCUUUGUGGAAAAAGAGCGUGACAAGGAGGUGAGUGAUGAUGAGGAAGAGGAGCAGGAGCAGAAGGACAAGGACAGCGAGAAGGGAGAUGAUGAGAACGAGGAUAAACCGGAGAUCGAGGACGUGGGAUCUGACGAUGAGCACGAACAAAAGUCCGACAAGAAGAAGAAAAAGAAGAUAAAGGAGAAGUACAUCGACGAGGAAGAGCUGAACAAAACCAAACCGCUGUGGACCCGAAACCCAGACGACAUCACCAACGAGGAGUACGGAGAGUUCUACAAGAGCCUCACAAACGACUGGGAGGACCACUUGGCUGUCAAGCACUUUUCGGUGGAAGGGCAGCUGGAGUUCCGCGCUCUCCUCUUCGCACCUCGGCGCGCCCCGUUCGACCUGUUUGAAAACAAGAAAAAGAAGAACAACAUUAAGCUGUAUGUGCGUCGUGUCUUCAUCAUGGACAACUGCGAGGAGCUCAUCCCAGAAUACCUCAAUUUCAUCAAGGGCGUGGUAGACUCCGAGGAUCUGCCACUGAACAUCUCCAGAGAAAUGCUGCAGCAGAGCAAAAUCUUGAAGGUGAUCCGCAAAAACCUGGUCAAGAAGUGUCUGGAGCUGUUCACUGAGCUAGCGGAGGAUAAGGAAAACUACAAGAAGUGCUACGAGCAAUUUUCAAAGAACCUCAAGCUUGGAAUCCACGAGGACUCUCAGAACCGGAAGAAGCUGUCGGAGCUGCUGCGCUACUACACCUCUGCCUCUGGAGACGAGAUGGUGUCCCUCAAAGACUAUGUCACACGCAUGAAGGAGAACCAGAAGCACAUCUACUACAUCACUGGUGAGACCAAAGAGCAGGUGGCCAACUCUGCAUUUGUGGAGCGUCUGCGAAAGGCCGGACUGGAGGUGAUCUACAUGAUUGAGCCCAUCGACGAGUACUGUGUCCAGCAGCUGAAGGAGUUUGAGGGAAAGAACCUGGUGUCCGUGACCAAAGAGGGUCUGGAGCUGCCUGAAGACGACGAUGACAAGAAGAGCUUGGAGGAGAAAAAGGCUCAGUUUGAGAAUCUAUGCAAAAUCAUGAAAGACAUCCUGGAAAAGAAGGUGGAAAAGGUCACUGUGUCCAACCGCCUUGUCUCCUCUCCCUGCUGCAUUGUCACCAGCACGUACGGCUGGACGGCCAACAUGGAGCGUAUCAUGAAGGCCCAAGCCCUCAGAGAUAACUCUACCAUGGGGUACAUGGCUGCUAAGAAGCACCUGGAGAUCAACCCUGACCACCCCAUCAUGGGCACGCUGCGACAGAAGGCUGAGGCGGAUAAGAAUGACAAGUCCGUGAAGGAUCUGGUGAUUCUGCUGUUCGAGACUGCGCUGCUGUCUUCUGGCUUCACGCUGGAUGAUCCACAAACCCACUCCAACCGGAUCUACAGGAUGAUCAAACUCGGACUGGGUAUUGAUGAGGACGACUUAUCAACUGACGAGAUCAGUGCCGCCCCCACAGAAGACAUGCCUCCACUUGAGGGAGAUGAUGAUGCCUCGCGGAUGGAAGAAGUCGACUAA